AUGCGUGCCUCGACAAUUUGCCAGCGGAACAUAUCCGUUAUUCUAACUGCACCAAGGAGCCUGCACCCCGUUGGCUUGAUUGCUCGGAACCGAAACUUCGUCCCCCGCACGUUUGCCCGCUCUUUCUGGCGCGACCCGUCCUCACCCCGUGCAGACUUGUCAGAGAUCUUCCAGCGCAUACAAUGGCCGACAACAAAGGCGGAAGAGGCGGAGGUGGUGGAAGGCGUAAGAACCGCGAUAUGGGACGAGCUGAGUGGAGGAAUAGACAAGCGACAGCGCCUUGAGGAGCAGGCCGAAGCGAAGCGCCGCAAGAUCGAGAAUGGCGAAGAGGCCAGCCUACCAAUCUACGCCACUCAAUUCUCCAAAGAGGAGAUCGACAAUGAAGAGCGUCGCCCGAAGAAGAAGGUCGCGUUGCUCAUGGGUUAUUCCGGCACCGGAUACUCUGGGAUGCAGCUGAACGAGAACCAACGCACCAUCGAAGGCGAUCUCUUCUCGGCUCUCGUUAAGGUCGAUAAGGGUGUUCAUGCUGCUGGCAACGUUGUGUCCUUGAAAAUGAUUGUCGAGGAUGACGAUAUCAUCCAAAGAAUCAACAACGAGCUGAGCCCUCAAAUCCGCGUUUGGGGUUACGAGGUCACCAGCAAGAGCUUCAGCUGUUACCAAAUGUGUGAUUCACGCGUUUACGAAUAUUUGAUGCCAAGCCACUGUCUUCUGCCGCCUCACCCAAGCACAUAUCUUGGCAAGAAGAUUGUUGAGAUCGCCGAAGAGAAGGGCGACUUGAACGAUGUCAAGGCCCGUCAGGAAGAGGUCGCAACGUACUGGGAGGAGGUUGAUGAGAAGUACAUCAAGCCCAUCCUCUCUGGUCUUCCUGAGGAUAUUCGCACUAUCGUGGAAAAGUCCCUCUUCCAGGAUGACCAGCCCCGUGAUGGUCUUGAUCCCACUGCAGACAUUGAAGAGCCUGCAACCGAGACCCCUGCCCCAGAGACUGAGCAGAGCGAACAGAAAACCGAAGAGUCAGGAGAAUCCGAACCUUUCGUCAUGGAACCUCGCCAAAAAGCCACUGUCGACGCUAUCAAAUCCAUUAAAGCGGCCUACCUGGCAGCCAGACGGGCCUACCGCGCUCCGGCAUCCCGCGUCGAACGCUUGCAGGAAUGUCUCUCCCGCUACGUCGGCACCAUCAAUUUCCAUAACUACACCAUCCAAAAGGCCCACAAUGACCCUUCUGCCAAGCGCCACAUUAAAUCUUUCGAGGUCAACCCGACACCUAUCAUCAUCAAUGGCACUGAAUGGCUCAGUCUCAAGGUCCAUGGCCAGAGUUUCAUGAUGCAUCAGAUCCGCAAGAUGGUAGCUAUGGCGACCAUGGUCGUGCGCUCAGGCUGUCACCCAGACCGCAUUCCUGAGACCUACGGACCCGAUCGUAUCGCUAUCCCCAAGGCACCAGGUCUAGGGUUGUUGCUUGAGCGACCUAUUUUCGACGCUUACAACAAGAAGGCAGAGGGCAAUGAGCGCUCUCCUCUUGAUUUCGGACGUUGGGAGACGGAGUUAAACGAGUUCAAGCAGCGGGAGAUCUAUGAUCGUAUCUUCCGUGAGGAAGAGGAGCGUGCCGGCUUUGGCUCAUUCUUCAAUCAUAUUGAUCACUUCCCUGCCGAACACUUCCUCUACGUCACUUCUGGCGGCAUCUCAGCUGCUAAGCUUGCAACUGCAACUGCGCCUCACGACCCUGGCAGUCCCAAGGCUGGGGCUAGAUCUCGCAACGGUACACGCGACCAUCGGGUGGCACUCGCUGCCAUUGAGGGCGCGUCGGAUGAUGAGGGCAAGGCCCCAGUUGGAGGCGAAGAGGAGGGUUAA